AUGUCAGGUCUAUCCACAAAACGACUCAUGAAAGAGCUAGCCGAUAUCAAGUCGAAAGGUACUCCAGAAGGAAUCAUCCUACUCUCAGCGGACAGUAUGGAAGAAUGGGUAUUUCUCAUUUCUGUGCUAGGAGAAGAAACAAUAUACAAGGGAGAAACAUUUGCGUUGAGGAUGAAAUUUAGCAAUAGGUAUCCUAUCGACGUUCCAGAGGUCACAUUCCUAGCCAAUGGGCAGUAUCAGCCGCCCAUGCAUCCUCACGUAUACUCCAAUGGUCACAUAUGUGCAUCGAUAUUAGGUAACGAAUGGUCACCUGUACUCAACGCUGUCGCUAUCUGUAUAACGAUGCAAUCGAUGUUAGCCUCGAACAAGAAGAAAGAGAGACCGGAAGGGAACGAUCGAUACGUCAGGUCGGCACCUAGUAAUCCGAAAUUGACGAGAUGGCAUUACGACGAUGAUACCGUAUAG